AUGGCAGUUGGCGCGCUGUCCAGUUCCCUCCUGGUCACCUGCUGCCUGAUGGUGGCUCUGUGCAGCCCGAGCAUCCCGCUGGAGAAGCUGGCCCAGGCGCCGGAGCAGCCGAGCCAGGAGAAGCGCGAGCACGCGUCUCGGGACGGCCCCGGGCGGGUGAGCGAGCUCGGGCGCCCGGCGAGGGACGAAGGCGGCGGCGGCCGGGACUGGAAGAGCAAGGGCGGCCGCGGGCUCGCCAGCCGCGAGGCGUGGAGCAAGCAGAAGCAGGCCUGGGCCGCCUCGGGCGCGGUCGCCAAGGCCGGGGACCUGCAGGUCCGGCCCCGCGGGGACACCCCGCAGGAGGAGCCCCCGGCCGCCGCCCAGGACGCGGCCGGCCCAGACCCCGCGCCUGCGACGGAGCCGCCCGAGGAGUACGCGUACCCGGACUACCGCGGCAAGGGCUGCGUGGACGAGAGCGGCUUCGUGUACGCCAUCGGGGAGAAGUUCGCGCCCGGCCCGUCGGCCUGCCCGUGCCUGUGCACCGAGGAGGGGCCGCUGUGCGCGCAGCCCGAGUGCCCGCGGCUGCACCCGCGCUGCGUCCACGUCGACACCAGCCAGUGCUGCCCGCAGUGCAAGGAGAGGCGCAACUACUGCGAAUUCCGGGGCAAGACUUACCAGACGCUGGAGGAGUUCGUGGCGUCGCCCUGCGAGAGGUGCCGCUGCGAGGCCAACGGGGAGGUGCUGUGCUCCGUGUCCGCGUGUCCCCAGACGGAGUGCGUGGACCCCGUGUACGAGCCCGACCAGUGCUGCCCCAUCUGCAAAAACGGGCCGAACUGCUUCGCGGAGACGGCGGUCAUCCCGGCAGGGAGGGAGGUGAAGACGGACGAGUGCACCGUCUGCCACUGCACCUACGAGGAGGGCACGUGGCGCAUCGAGCGGCAGGCCACCUGCACGCGGCACGAGUGCCGGCAGAUGUAGACCCAGGCCGCGCGCCGCGCCGACCUCUCCUGCGGGGCGCUCCCCUGCUGCGGCCGCGCCGCCAGACCCUGGGAGAGGCCGCCCGGAAGGAGAAGACUUUGGCUGGGGGCUAACGGAACAUUGCCAGUACUUUGGCUUCUCUUGGUAACGGUUACCCCAAGAGAAGGAAAUGCAUAUAUUUCAAAAGCUCCGCGAGAACUGGGGGCGUCCGGCCCCGCUCUAAAUAAAUGUGCUAUUUUCACAGUAAGUACCCUCCCGUGCACUGUCAUAUAUGAACUGUGUUUCUAUA